AUGUUUUAUCAACUGCCCCUCCUCGCGAGCGACGAGCUUGGAGCUACCCCCGGCUGCCGUCAAUUCUGGUUCAUCAAUUUUCGCACUGGGUCGACUGACAUAUUCAAACAGGACCAUGAAAGCGCAUGGUUUCCUCCAUGUGUACUGCCAUUCUUGGUGAUCGCACCUGCAAGUCUGAUUUGCCUCAUUGCCUGUGGAUAUUUUCUCGAUCCAAUUCUUCGACGGUGGCAGCCAGAGUGGACUCGGCCAUACUUGACUGAGCAUGAUGAGGGCAAUGGUAUUCUUCCAGAAGACACCAAGAGAUCCCUGCGAUGGACUCUCGUCCUGCUCGUAUGCACGGGUAUUGGCUUCGUUGCCAAGCUUGUACAUUUGUACCCGCCAUAUCUUGAUGUUCCUGGCUGUGUGCUUAUCACGUCAUGGGCUUUGACUGGGCUUGUUCUGGUACUCAAACGACCGAGAUCUUGCCCUGUGAUGCUGCUGGUUUAUUUCAUUGUGUGCUUGUUGGUGGAAACCAUUUUAUGCACCGACUCCAUCGGUAAAUCGAAGUUGUUGACGGUCUCACAUUCUAUCGCUGCUGUCGCUGCCUUGAUGGCUUGCUUCACGAUAAUGUGGAUGCCGUUUCGAAGACCUACGCUUGCUGCAAUAGACAUAAGUGGAGUUGGUCAAGCUCCAAGCAGUGAUUUUCGCAGCCCAGAGGACAAUUUACGUCUGUGGCAAUUUCUCACCGUCUCCUGGAUGGCGCCUUUGAUGUCGCUCGGUCGUACAAGGCAGCUUAAUGAGUCCGAUGUGUGGUUCCUAGGGUUUGAAUUCCAACACAGUCGGCUCCACGAAAAGUUUCGUCGAAUGCGCGGGUCUGUCAUUUCCCGGGUUCUGCGGGCCAAUGGGCUCGAUGUUUUGAUCCUCUCAAUCAUUGCAAUUGUGCAGAUGCUUUGCACGUUCUCCACGCCGGUUCUUCUGCAGCAACUUUUACAGGCUAUGCAGGAUCCGAAACGACCGAGACGCGUGCCUCUCACUUAUGCCGUCCUCGCUCUGGUCAUUCGGCUAGUGGCGGCGCAGUCACAGGUACUGAACUUGUGGUACGGCAGACGAUGCUAUGAGCGAUCCAGAGGCGAAAUGAUGAUGAUGGUAUACGAGAAAGCAUUGUCCCGGAAGAACAUCCUUGGCACGCACGAGGAGGACGACGAAUCAAAAACUAGCAGCGAACCCCCAGUCAAUGAAGAGCCCGGAUCAGAUGAUGCAGGCUCGGCAACGACAAAGGGCUGGGGUUCUUGGAGGAGUCUCUUCUUUGCUCGACGGAUAUCACAGCUCAAGAGACCCAAGGAAGCUGCCACACUCGGAAAAAUCUUUAAUCUGCUUCGAGGCGAUGUCUAUGAUGUGGCCCAGCGAUUCUGGGAGAUUGACGUGCUCAUUGACAAACCUUUAGGUUUGGUCAUUGCCGUUGUCCUCGUAUGGACAUUAUUCGGACCAUCGUGCUUUCUUGGUAUCUUGACCAUUCUGGCAGCCCAGUCUUUGAAUGCCAUCAUUGCGAAGUUCCUUUUCGAAAGAGAACGGCUGACCAGGGCUUCUACUGAUGCGAGAUUGCAAAUCACCUCACAAUUUGUGGAGGCUAUCCGACAUCUCCGAUGGUACGGAUGGCAAGAGUAUUGGCUUCGGAUGGUUAUGGACGCUCGUCAGCACGAGCUGAACAGACGGGUAAUCACCAAACUGUGUACGACGUCAAUCAACAUCAUCAACGCUUUCUCAAGCGGAGUAUUCCCUGUUGUCGCAUUAUACGCAUACACGAAGCUAGCGGGCUAUGACCUCCGCAUUGAUAUAAUAUUCCCCGCUUUGCAACUGUUUACCAUGCUCGAAACACGCUUGCGUGAAAUUCCGAAUCUGAUAACCUCAUUAUUGAAUGCCUCAAUUGCACUCGGUCGGAUUGAAGACUUUAUGGUGGAACCGGACAAAGCUGAUGGAUCUGCUGAUCGCCCUUCCAGUGAGAUUGCUAUCUCACUCGAUUCCUGCUCGCUCUCAUGGCCCGGCAAGUUGUCGCCGGUUCUCAGAAACGUCACAAUCACAAUCUCCAAGGGUCUCACUGUCGUGAGUGGGAAGGUUGGAUCGGGCAAAACAGCUUUUCUUCAAGGCCUGCUGGGAGAACUUGACAUUCUCACUGGUUCCUGUAACCUGCCCAACGAGAUCAUAGGUUAUUGCGCACAAACACCAUGGUUACAAAGCAUGAGCAUCCGUGACAAUAUUCUCUUUUCUGCUCCUUACGACGAACACCGCUACAAGCGAACCAUCGAAGCUUGUGCGCUGCUGCCAGACUUGUCCCGAUUCAAACAUGGCGAUUUGACCUUCAUCGGUGAGAAUGGCGUUGGACUUUCUGGUGGGCAAAAGGCGAGGGUGGCCCUUGCGCGAGCCGUCUAUAGUUCCUCUCGCUUGCUCUUGCUUGAUGAUCCCCUGUCGGCACUCGAUCAUCACACUGCUGAAUUUGUUGUGCGCAAGUGUCUCUCUGGGCCAUUAAUGAGGGAUCGCACUAUAGUGCUGGUUACUCACCGCACUGCAUUGGUCUACAAUAUUGCCGACCAAAUCAUAAGUAUCGAGGAUGGGUGCGCUACAGUCUACGACAAGGCCAGUUUGCCCAAGUACACACUCACAAGCCAUCCGAUUGGCAAUGGUGCCAGCUCUGACGAGGUUGGUCCUGAGAUCGAAGAAGUCAACGCAGCGGAAGAAGCUGCAGCAAUCCCUGAUAAGUUUUUCGAGGAAGAGCAUCGUGCUGAAUGGGGGGUUCAAGCUCGCGUCUACUGGAGUUACAUCAAAGCGGGCAAGUACCGCUGGUGGGCCCUACUUGUGUUUGUCCUGGCGGCCUACAGACUUAUGGCUGUGGGCCUAUCAUGGUUCCUGAAGGAAUGGGGUGAGGCGUACGGGGACGUCUCGAUGUCUGCACAAAUUGUAAGAACAUUUUGGUCGCAGGCUGCGCUUCUUGCCAAUUCGAUGCUGUCAUUUGGUGUGGAUGGCGCACAUGUCGCAUCUCAUUAUCCCACCAACCAACUGCCGUUGCCCUCCGAGGACGUUCGCCCAUGGUUGUGGACCUUUUUCGUCAUCGUGUGUCUUCAAGCAACCGCACUUUUACUAUCUCAGCUAUUGAUGCUGGUCAUUGUCUACUGUGCAGGAAAGACUCUGUUCCGCCGCGUGAUGGACCGAGUCAGUAAUGCAUCUUUCCGCUUCUUCGAUGUGACCCCUGUGGGCCGUCUCAUGAAUCGCCUGACCUCAGAUAUCAGCGUGGUGGACGGCAAUAUUAGCGCACAGUUCCAGGAUAUCGCGUUCAAUGCAAUGACGUGGAGUUCUUCCAUCUUCGUGAUCGCCACCGCGACUCCCACAUUUCUUGUCUUUUCGUUGCUUCUUACUAUUGCUUUUGUCAUGAUCUUUUUACAGUUCCUACCGACCUCGCAAAGCCUCCGUCGACUGGAGAUGGUGUCAUUGACACCACUCUUGUCCAAUUUCGGCGAGCUAUUACAUGGACUGACUACUGUGCGCGCAUUCCGUGCCGAAGAACGGUUUCAGAAUCGAGUAAUCUCCGUGGUUGACAAGUUCCAAAGCAUGGAUCACUUCUAUUGGUCUCUCCAGGCUUGGUUAAUGUACCGGUUCGAGAGCCUCUCUGCCCUGUCAACCUUCUGUCUAACCGUUCUGGCGCUUUACACCGAUACCACGCCUGGCUUGGUGGCUUUCGUGCUCAUUGCGGCCAACAACUUUGUGGACUCCACUCACGGACUCUGCAAGCAAUAUGGUCAAUUGCAGAUGGACUUUGUGUCCGUUGAGCGAAUUGAUGAACUCCUUCAUAUUGAGGAAGAGCCCAAAGGGACCAUUCAUCCACCGGCAGCGUGGCCAAUGUACGGCAGCGAUGUGGUUUUUGACAAGGUGACUUUGCGAUAUGCCUCUCAUUUGGAUCCCGCCCUCCAGGACGUCUCUCUGCGGAUUCCUGGCGGUUCGACCACUGCUGUCAUUGGCCGAACGGGAAGUGGCAAGUCAACGCUGGCCGUGUCUCUUCUCAGCGUCGUCCGACCUGAGGCCGGGCGUAUUCUGAUAGACGGGCUAGAUAUUGCCAAUGUGGACACCCAAGCUCUCCGCACGCGAGUCACUUUUGUCGCACAAGACCCCGUUCUUUUCCCAGGCACCAUUCGACUCAACUUGGACCCCACUGAGGAGUUCUCCGACCAUGAAUGCGCCGAAAUUUUGAAACGUCUCUGUGACCGUCAUGGGUGGAGUCUUGACACACACGUCGAAUCUGGAGGGAAGAAUCUCAGUCAGGGCCAACGCCAACUGAUCGCUCUUACCCGCGCUGUCUUACGACGCAGUCCGCUUGUCAUCUUUGACGAGGCCACUGCUUCUAUCGAUCAAGAAACAUCUCUUGAACUCCAGCAGAUAGUAAGGGAGGAGCUGCAUUUGUCGACUGUGAUCACGAUCGCCCAUCGCGUGGAAGCUGUGAAGAAUGCAGAUUACUUCGUGGAGCUGGACCAAGGGAAAGUCUUGCGACGGGGGGCCGUGGCUGACAUGUAA